AUGAAGUCCUUCCUCGCCGUAACUCUGUCCCUAUCCCUCGCAAGCCUCACCACCGCCGCCCCAACCCCAACCAAAACCCUCGAAAAGCGGGCCGACUUCUGCGGACAAUGGGACUCGACCGUCACAGGCAGCUACACCGUCUACAACAACCUCUGGGGGGAAUCCAGCGCGUCGUCCGGAUCGCAGUGCACGGGCGUCGACUCGCUCAACGGGAACACGCUCGCCUGGCACACCUCGUGGACCUGGGAGGGCGGGGCGUCCAGUGUCAAGAGCUUCGCCAAUGCCGCGUAUGCGUUCACGGCGACGCAGCUGAGCCAGAUUAGCAGUAUUCCGACGACGUGGCAGUGGAGCUACACCGGCACCUCCAUCGACGCCGACGUCGCGUACGACCUAUUCACGAGUUCCAGCCCCAGCGGCAGCAACGAGUACGAGGUUAUGAUCUGGCUGGCCGCGCUCGGGGGCGCAUUCCCCAUCUCGUCGACGGGCACGACGCCCAUCGCGACGCCCACCAUCGGCGGCAUCUCAUGGAAUCUGUACAGCGGGCCCAACGGCGCGACGACGGUGUACAGCUUCGUAGCGUCGAGAGAGCAGACGGACUUUUCGGGCGACAUCAACGAUUUUCUGACCUAUCUCCAGCAGAACGAGGGCCUCAGCUCGAGCCAGUACCUGCUGUCCAUCCAGGCGGGCACGGAGCCGUUUACGGGGGAGAAUGCGGAGCUGAAGACGACGGCGUAUAGUGUCAGUGUAUCAACCUCGUGA